AUGGGUGUGGACCAUAACAACCUCCACCCAGAUCGCAUGUGUAUCUGUGAAUUUCCACAACACGGGAUCUCUUUGGGUGGGGGCCCCUGCUUGGGGAAGCGGGCCCCUGAGGGGACGGAGAAGAGGCUGCAAUGUGGCCUUGAUUCUGUAGCGGCCUCUGUGAUGAGCAUCCUCAGCAACCCCAACGCCUUGCCAUCGCAGUCGCAGCAUGACUUCUCCAUCUCGCCGCUCCACGGCGGCGGGGGCGGCGGCGGGGGCGUGGGGCUGGACGGCUCCAACGUGUCCGGCGCCGCCGCCCUCUCGGCGAGCUGCAGCCAGCGCGGGGCGGACGGCGGCCUCAAGGUGGUGGACAGCCUGGCCUCGUCCCAGUCCUACUGCCCGCCCACCUACAGCUCCGCCGGCUACGGCGUGGACCCCGGGAUGGGGGCCGGCUACCAGUACAGCCAGUACGGACAGACUGCUGUGGACUACCUGGCCAAGAACGUGGGUCUGUCCGCCCAGCGCAGGAUGAAGCUGGGGGACCACUCGGCCGUGCUGGGGCUCCUCCAGGUGGAGACGGGACAGGCCUACUGAGUGUCUCUCACCGCCACAGUUAGACCCUGGACAGGCCAGAGCCGAGGGGUUCCCCCCCUGGAUGAGAGAGAAUGGGUUUCAGGCACCUUCUGGUAUUUUCUCUCUCUCAGAGCCAGGCGCUAGUUGAUGUGUUGUGUUGUGGGUCUGACUCCCAGACACCUUGACACCUUGUGGUUGGACCCUGGAGGUUCUGGACUUUCACUCUGUGAUCACGCAGAACUUCUGCAGAACUUCAGCCAUAUUUCCUCUGAACCACGUGUCUGGACCGUAAACAUUCUUUUUUUUUAUUCAAACAUUCACAGUAGGUUUCUUUUUGUGUUUACUUUUAGCUGUGGAGUUUCUUAUGACCUAUGAUGUUUUUACUAUGAUUCCAGACAAUUUUUACCUUCUUAUCUUCAUUUUAUGCCUUUUAUUUUCUUAAUGACAUUCUAGAACAGUAAAUGUUACGGGUCAAGUUUAGCAUGGUUGAUAUGCACCGACAGGGAGAGAAACAGCAUCACAAUCCAAAUUGAAAGAAAUUUGAGGGGGGAGAAUAAGUCUUUGUUCAAUGUUCUUUUUUAUUGAAUUAUUCAGAAGAUUUGAUUUUUACUGCUGUUAUCUGCUCUCCCAGUGUGAGACCUAGGUCAUUCAGUCAGCUACUCUGUGACACUUCCCUCCGGAAUCAUCUAGAAUUUUCUGCUAUCACAGGGGAUUGUACCCCAUCAUCUUAUCGGUUUCAGUAUGACAGAGAGCAUCUUCCGGCCUCUGCUUACUGCCAUCUACCCGGACGCAAAAAUAUGCUCAAAAACAUUUAUUUUAGUCUUAAAACAGUUCAAAUGUGUAUUGACAUGUUCAACACAGAGGCCAAUUCCGGCUGCCCAUUUUAAAAACAACUAUUUUAUGUAUCAUUCCAAAUGUAAUUGAGUACUUGAAUAUUAUUUUAAACAUAUGCACUGUCUUAAUUUUAAAUCCACAAAUGCGGCAUACUCUCCUCCAGGUAUUAAAGGAGAGUUCCAGUGCCUCAGCCAAGAAUAUAACUAUUCCAGUCAACCUACUGGAUGAUCAAGACAUUCUGCAGAGUGGCCCAACCGCUGACUAAACUAGACCUUUUACACCCAGAUGGGUUGCUUUGGUUGUUUGAGACAAAAUGAUAACGAGUUCCUCAAACUAAAUUGUAGUGAGCGUCGUCGUCAGUUUUGAUGCUGACGAAGAGGAUGUGGAAGAUGGUUGUUAGAUUGAUGACGAUGUGAUAUAAAUAAUGAUUACAAUUGAUGAAAGAAAAUGUGUUUGAAUUGAUUUAAUUCACACAAAUGUACUUUUACAUAAUUUUUGUUUUCGUUUUUACUAAAACUGUUGAAACCGUCUGGCAUUGGAUCGCAGACCAAACCAAACUUCACACACACUCCAUGAGCAACAACCUGUACUCCUGUCUCCGGGACAUCUGUGGAAGACAGAAGGCAGCAUUCAGGCCACCAGACACCAUGCUAUCACUCUACCUUGUGUACAUAUUAUUUUAUAUGAACGCCAACCAAGGGUGUGUGUAUGUGUGUGUGUGUGUGUGUGUGUGUGUGUGUGUGUGUGUGUGUGUGUGUGUGUGUGUGUGUGUGUGUGUGUGUGUGUGUGUGUGUGUGUGUGUGUGUGUGUGUGUGUGUGCUUGCGUGCAUGUGUCGCCGGUGUGUGUGUGUGUGUGCGCGAGUGAUUGUGUGUGUGUUUGUGUGUGUCGGGAUGGUAAAACACCUGCUCAAAUGUAUAGCUCUGUUAUUCUUUUGUCUUUACUGCUCACCACAAGUUGUUGAUUUGUUGUUAUUUGAUUUCUUACACUCUUUUUGUCUGACAUGUAUCUAUAUUUUAUCAUGCCAUAAUUUAUUCUUGUCUAUAUGAAGUAUUAAAGCAGCGGGACUCAUUCAAAGGUGUGUUUGGUUAAAUCGCAACACAGCUUCUGUUCCUGCAUUUCUGUUGCUUCCAGAUUUUAAAUAA